CGUCAAUUCAAGCAUAAUUUGUCCUCCUUUGACUGACUUCAGCUCAGCAUUGAAAGAUUGCGAUUCGGAAUGCCACCUCGUCUCAACCUUUUCAACGUGAGGACCGCUGCCCCGGUUUUUCGCCAAACCACUGUCAACGUUUCCCGACCCAGUAUCGCGACUACCAUCGGUAUCAACACACCCACCAGUCAUGGCUUAAAGACUAGCUUGUCGUCCUCGACACGAAUGCACAGGAGAUGGAAUUCCUCUAAUUCCGGAGGAGGCGGUCCUGAGAGGCCGAAGGGUCCCACGGAGGACCCGUUACCUCACGUUAGCGAAGAGGCCGCGGAGAUAGCAAAGAUCAUGGACAAGAAAUGCGAUGGAACUCCCGCCAGUCCAGAGCUAGAGCAAGGAACGCCUAUUUCGGAGAUCCUCCAGCGGGACAAAGAAGCCCAGAAGCAUAUGCCCAAGGUCAUGCAAGACCAGAUAAAAUCGACGACUGGUACUCGCUCAUUUUCGACGUCCACCCGUCGCAGCCAGGCAGGAUUACAUGGCCAAGGGAAGAGCUUCGAUGAGCAGACUGCCGCUGUGAUGGCCAACAUGAUCUCUCAGGUCAACCAACAGGCCGAGGAGCUUCAUGAGGGGAUCAAGUUUGAACCCGUUGAAGCCCUUCCCAAAACAGAGAACUUCCGUACAAGAUAUGAUUCACUGCUUGAACAAUUCACCAAGCUUCUUAUGAGGGACGGCAAGUUAAGCAAGGCUCAGAAGGAUAUGGCGUUUAUUCUAGAUCAUCUUCGGACUGCUUCUCCGCCUCAACCCAACCCCAAGCGACCUCUACUUCCUGGACCCCCCGCUCCACAACUUCCCUUGAACCCUGUCCUGUAUCUCACCUCGAUUGUCGACUCCGUUGCCCCUCUAAUCAAGAUCCGCCAGCAGAAAGGUAUCGCCGGUGGUGGUGUCUCGGUGCAGAUUCCUGUUCCGCUUGCCCUGAGACAACGCCGCAGGACCGCGAUUAAAUGGAUCAUUGAUGGAUCUGAUAAACGACGAGACACUAAGUUCGCCCAGCGAGUCGCCAACGAGCUGGUUGCGGUUGCAGAGGGCCGCAGUGGUGUGUGGGACAAGAGAGAACAGCAACACAAACUCGGCAUUGCAGGCCGGUCAAAUCUUGCGAUGGUUGGUGGUCGUCGGUAGUAGAUUUGCAUGCACCUUAGGCUGCUGUUAAAAAUGGGCAAUUGUGGUGAUGCAUCCGUUGAGAUUUAUCUUACUUCUUACGGGAAAUAGAUGGAUCUUUUCCUGUUCUGUAUUUUAUUUUGGGCCCCUUUGAGCACCUCAUGCAUUUGUAUAGGUAGUUUUCAUUAUUUUACCAUAGUUAAGUGAUUCUUACGCUGUGUCUUUUGUCUUUAUUAUUAUGGUGUCGGAUGUAUAUAUAUAUCUUUUCGAGCGGUCUCGGCUCUCCGAGUGUAAAAACUCAAUGCAAGGGAAUUUGUAGGCUACUCCUUCUACCACUUUGUCAAGUGACUCUUCGUGAAUGUGUGAAACUUAGGUAAGGUGUUC